AAUCGGCGUUGUGGUUGCUCUUUCAUUGGUAGAGAGAUGCAUGUGCGGCUCUAAUGCACAUGAGCAUUUCGGGCUACUGUGGCUCGCCUCAAUCUAUUUUGGCCAAUGCCAGUCACGCUCCCAUAUCAGCAUCCUGAACUUGACCACACUCUAGAAAUAACACGAUCACGUGACCCUCUAUGGUUCUCGUCAGCUCUAGUACCACGACGAGGCUGUCGAGCUUUCGUCUGCUUCAGAAUCACUUCUGGACCGUGACUUCGGGUUUGUGCCUGGGUCUUACUCUAUGCCUUUGGAAACAAUCGCAGCAUCUUCUCCGGAUACUGCGCUUUGUACAUCACCGCGUAAGUGAACCGAUUUUGCUUACGAUCGAUGCUAUAAGUGUACAGUCAGCGGUCGGCCCCGUUUUGUAUGCGUACCUCAGCACUGCUGAAGAUUGGGAUCACUACAUUGACGGUCACAACCAUCCGUCCGAUGGCCUGAAGAUCGAACAUGUGCCACGUUGCCUCUUCCUCAUUACCGUUGCAUACCAUGCAUGCGCCUGGAUGCACGCAGCAAAGCGAUGUGCAAUAGAAGAAUUAAGGCAUCUAUGCUAUCUUGCGCCGUCUUAGUUGGGUGGUUCGUACGAAACAUACAAGAAGCCUGGGUACAGACUACUCCAGGAGACAUCACAAUCCUCCAACAGCAGUACAUCCGGGUCUUCCAGGGCGAGCAGGCACUCAAGCGAGGCGACGACUUUUGGACGGUGAGGUGC